AAGCCAACUCGCUCGAAACCGGUAAAUUUACAGGGCCCUGUUCUCAUCUCUCACUCUUUCAUUCGCCACCCUCGACCGCAGCAGUGUCGUCGUCUGAAGGAUUAAGGCAAAAAGAUUCCACUGUUACCCCGAACCCCGCUUUGGUAGCUAUAAGUAUAUAAGGAACUUGUAGUGUUAUCAUACCUGUUGCUUUCCCGCUUCCUGCUUCCGUUUGUCACAACUCUUUGUUGGUCAGCCUUUGAUCAGAUGUCUUCCUCGAGAUUUCCACGCAAGUUCACUCCUCCCGCCUCUCCCACAGCUUCCUACUACGACAUCUCCGACGAUGACGAGAACGGAUAUAGUACUAUCACGAACACGAGCACUAGUCGGAGUGUCAAGCUAUUGAGAUAUGUUGAAACAAGAAAUUAUUGGAGCAUUUUAUCCUAUGCCAUCCACGCUUUUAAGAUGUUCUUGAAAUUAACAUUCUUUUGGAGUGUAGGUUUAUGUGCACCCAACGCCCUCGAAAAUUGAUAAUAUACCUGGCUUCGUAGCCCUUGUUCAACAAAAACCUCCCCCGAGCGAUGCUCCCUCGACCCCGCCUGCGGUCGCGACCACGUUGCUUCUGGCCUGGUUACCGGAAUCGACACUCGGAGAUGCUUAUGAUACUUAUGUCAAGGUAGAUCUUAUUGAUGCUGAGGGGCCACCCCGGCAGUCCUACUUGGUGCCUCCGCCACCAGCGACUGUAUACGCUCCGGGAAUGUCGUGCGUUGGGAAUUACGCAUUCGCCGUUCCGGUCUCGGAGAUUUAUUCAUUGCUCAUUCGGCCUCCGAAUUUGGGGUGGUGGUGGGGAAGUGUCGUCAUUAAUACGCGUGCUGGCGACUCUUUCCCCGCGUUAUUCUUUCAUGAUUCGGAGUGGGGUGGCUUGUUUUGGGGCGGAGACGAGGUGCUUAGGUGGCUCAGGCGUUAUAUAAGGGUCGAGAGGAGUGAAGUGGAGCCAAGCGUUUAUCUUGUCGAGCCUAGCCAAGAGGAUCUCGUAUCAUUCGGCUCGAAACCCGUUACAGUGGGCCACGCAGGAGAAAGUUC